AGCUAAAUAUGAAGGAGACUAUUUCAAAGACACUGCUGUUUCCCCUUCAAAAUCUACAGACACACAUCCUUACAGUGAAGCAAACAAAGUGCUGUAACAACAAAGCUGAGCUGCCCACAGAGCAGGAUGGGCAGGUUGCACCAGUGGCGUAAUGUGAUACAUCACCUGAGGACGAUGUUAGAGCCUCUGUUUGCGCCAAACGCCUUGAUCAAACCAUGGGAGUUCAGGGACUGAAGCACCUGGUGACAGGAUCAAACGUCUUGGAGAAUAUUGAAUUAAACAACAGCCACAUCAUCAUCGAUGCUGCAAAUGUGUACUACUCCCUGUAUUUCAACUCAGAGCCAAAGCUGGACCAGAGUCACGGAGGAGACUAUUCUGGAUUCAAAGAUGAGAUCUGUCGGUUCCUUGGAGUUCUACGCGACUGUAAUGUCACUCCACACAUGGUUCUGGAUGGAUCCUCCAAUCCUGAGAAGAUGGAAACGCUGAAGACUCGUUUGCAAAAUAAACUUGAAAUGGCAAAGAGCUUGGCACAGAACCAACCUAGCAACAACAUCCUUCCUCCACUCGCCAAAGACGUCUUCAAGCAAAUCCUAAUCAGUGAAAACAUCGAGUUUGAAGAGAGCUUUGGAGAAGCGGACCUGCGGAUGGCCUCCUGGGCGAACCAAUUGGGUUGUCCUGUGCUGUCUAAUGACUCUGACUUCUACAUCUAUGACCUUCAGGGAGGAGUCCUGCCUCUGGACCAGUUUCAGUGGAAGAAACACAGGAACGGCCGAAUCCAGGCCAAGCUUUACAGGAGGUCAGAGUUCUGUAGGCACUUCAGGUUAGACCCGGCUCUGGCGCCAGUGUUCGCUGCAAUAGCAGGAAAUGAUUAUUCCAAACUGGAAGAUCGUGGAAGGUUCAUACAGACGUUUGGCUAUACGCCUCCUCAGCCUCGACUACAAGCUAUUCUCAGGUUUUUAGCGGACGUGAACCUGCAACAUCUGCAGACACCACAGGACAAACAGAGGAAGGCUUUAAGUGCAGCGCUGGCCUUUGUUGGAAAUGAGCCAACAGACAACAAAUGCUUCCUGGAGUCCAUCAGAACAUAUGAAGAUGAGGGAGCAACAGCAGAGACGCGAGGUGAAGACCUGCCACAGUGGAUGGUUCCCAGGAUCAAAGAUGGCCGGCUCACAUCGUUCGUCACAGACGUGCUGCGUCACAGGAGGAUGAUGCUGACUCCUCUGGUGGAGGACUUCUCUCAGCCCAGCGGGUACACCCCUGCCCGGCCCCUCAGGCAGCUCUUCUACGGACUGUUGGGCCAGAGCAUCUGCACGGAGUACGACCGGGUGGACGCACGCUCUGUGUCAGCGACCGAGGUGCCUGCGCUGCAGCCCAGCGUGCAUCUGGGUGACCUACAACAUCUGGAUCAGGUUCCAGAGGCUCAGCGGCUCCAGGUUCUGCUGGGAGCUCUGGACUCUCGGCUUCAAGACUUACUUAACGUCCCCGAACACAUGAAGCUGCAGGUUUGUGCCACCAGGUUCUGGUGGAAGUACCGGCAGGAUCAAUCCGAUCAGUACCUCCACGCCCUCCUGCUGGGGUUUGUCUAUGGGCAACAUCUGAGACCAGGUUCUAGGUUUGAAAAGGAGAUGGAAGCUUUGAAGGCCGGAGGGGUGCAGAUCCAGCUGCAUCCAGAUGUUGCUCACGCUUUCAGCCAGUGGCAGUGCUGCUUCAGACAGAGCCUCCUUCUGAACCAGCUGCUGUGUCUCCCUCUACCAGAACCUGAAUGCUUCCGGCUUUACUGUGGACCCGUGGUUCACCAGCUGGCAGGACCCCAGAACCACCUUGACACAGUCAGACAACUGAUGGACGAAGCCCAGAGAGGAUUGUUCGACAGCUUAAACGCAGCAUGUCGUUCACUGGAGGACCAGGGAGCAGGGAGCCAGAAGAGGAACACUGAGGCUGAGCAUGACAUGAGGAAGAAAAGCCGUUAAUGCAGAGAUGGAACAGAGACAGAUUUUGUUUUUCUAUAAGGGGUGCCAAACUAUAGAAUAAAGCAUGACAUGAGGAAGAAAAACAGUUAAUGCCGAGACAGAACCAGGUCGUCACAGCACACAUACAUUACACUGUGUUAUGUAGGUGCUGGAUAAUACAAGGAUCGGACCCAACACAUUAUAUAUUAUGUUGAAUCCAUGCUAUACGUAUGCUUCACGCACAACCAAACGAAGAUUGUGUUUUUCUAAGUGGUGUCAAACUAUGGAAUAAAGUAAAAAAGUGAGGACAUAAAACAUACAAAAAAUAGUAAUAGAACUGAUGUGUUUAAACAUAAACAUGAAGACAUGUGUUACUUAAGAUAUAGGCAAGACGGACUCAUUGAUUAUUUAGAUUGUGGGAGUGGUGUACAAAUAUUAACAUUCUGUAAUAAUUGCUUAUUAUAAUACUUUAUGUGACGUAUGAAAAUAAUACUCUAUGUAUAGAUAUUGAUUGAAAGGUGAUGUCAUGGGGUAGGACUAGGAUUCAAGCAUAACAUAGGUAAAUUGAAAGCUGAUUAGCAUUUUCUUGUGUAUGUAUGAAAUUAUGUGUGUUUAUAAAUCAACUGCAUUUACAUGUUUGAAAGAAAGAGAAAAAUAAAAAUAAAUUUAAAAGAAUAAAAAA